GAAGGAAGAGAUAGAGGGAGAUAGACUGAUAGAGAGAGAGAGAGAGAGAGUUGAUUACUGUAUGUAUUGGAUUUGUUCACCUCGCAGUUUAUGACCUCUGUUUCUUUCCACCAGUAUAUCUACACAAUACCUCAUUCACGGAUUGGUGCCCAUUAUGAAUAUCAUUUUUUUUUCCAACGCGCGACUUGACUAUAUGAACGUGGCAGUCUAUCAUACUGGAUAAACCUAAAGCAAAUCUACUUAUUAAACAUGGCGUACUGUGGGGCGCACGUUAAACACACAUGAGUGCGGUAACGUUCAGCACUAUGCUACUGAAGGAAGACAUUGCGUGUGUUUUUAUUAGCAUUCGCGUUAUGUUUUUGGACUGAUAUUCUGAUCUGCGUCACACGAUGGGGUGAAUGAUGAUGACUUUGUUGGAAAGGCUCUAAGGAGGAGGAGGCUUCAGACACUCGAUUGGUAUAUUUGGAGCUGGUUUAAAACAGAUUUACUCGACAACAUAAACACCCGAUGGGAGAUCGUCAAAAUGGGACUUGAAGACUACAAGUUCUGUAUUGGGUUGGUGCUAUUACUCUCCUUAUCGUCAAUCGCGACGAUGUUUACGGCGAUGUACCAUUUAAGUGACCUUAAAGAGAUAAGAGCGAAGAAGAAUUCUGCAUUGGGCAUCCGACAGAUACUCAGCUCCAGGAAAGCAGCUCGAAAAGAAAGGAAUCCUUCAUCGUUUGGUUUGGGGGAAGCCUCAAUAUUUUCGGACAAGUAUAGUCCACCUGAGGGAGAUGACGCUUUUCGGAAUCUCAGUAUUAUAUCAUUUAGAUAUGACACACUGUCUGCUCGUAGAGGUCUAACUCACAGUAUUGCUAAUGUAGAAGACGAUGUUCUGACGUUCGAUACAUAUGACAUUUUAAAACCACUAUCGAAUGUAACCAUUGAAGAAAGCAGCUUGGUUCACAAAAUCCAACAAAAACAGAGAAACGCUGACUUUAACUGUGUCAUCAGGAUUGCCAAGUAUUGUUCCUCUCGUUGUGAUUAUAUAGUUAAAGGUAAACAUUCGAGGGAAUGGACGCCAUUCAGAUGUGAACUCAGUGAGUUCUGUAGGUUUGAGACUCGUUUUAUAGGUAACCUCACCAAGGAGGUUAUGAAGACCAUCGAUGUUGUUUUCUUUAUACCCGGAUUUCGGGAUGUUCGUCUCAAGCAAGUGAUGGCUGCAAGACCACCAGGACAACUCUGGGUCCUCUGCGCCAAAGAGAGUCCUCAGCAUGACCCAGAUUAUGCUCCUCGAGGUCUAACAGGAAACCCUUUCAAUCUCACCAUGACGUAUGUCAGGGACAGUGAUAUUUACUUCCCAUACGCCACCGUGCGGAAGCUUGGGAAGCCAAAUGAAAAUCCGCCAGAUAUUCCAAAGAAAACCAAGCUGAUAGCUUGGAUGGCAUCCAACUGCAAACCAUAUUAUUGGAAACGAACUGAACUGGCGAAGGCGAUACAAAGGAAUAUCUCAGUGGAUAUGUACGGCAAGUGCGGUACGGGAAGACUUGCCCAUGAUAAAGCCAUCGAGACGCUCAAGCAAUAUAAAUUCUAUUUCGCGUUUGAAAAUAGUGAAUGCCGGGAUUACAUCACGGAGAAGGUGUGGAAGAAUUGCCUUUCUCAGGGGAUCGUACCCAUCGUCUACGGAUCAACGCGCGAAGGCUACGAGAAGUCACUCCCAAGGAAUUCCUUCAUCUCUGUGGAUGAUUUCAGUAACAUGAGCGAAUUUGUAGAUUACAUUCACGCACUAGAUAAAGACGACGCGCGUUACAUGAAAUAUUUCGACUGGAGAAGGGACGGCGAGGUGCAGUUUCACUCUCCAUCUGCGUUCAGAGGUAGUAGACCUGAACUGAAUUUUUGUUACCUCGUCAAAAAACUAAUAUACGUCUUUGUACAUCCAGAGAACACUUGGCAGAAAAGAAAUCCAGAUUUUGCUUCUUGGUGGCGGGGGCAGUGUGCCGAUCAUUCUGUUGAGAAAAUCGUUUUGGGAUUCAAUACCCAUCGGUCAACAGAAGAACAGGCAAUCAUCGAUGCAUCUAUGAGGCGCGGAGACAUAGAAAUGUAGUUGGCGUCUUUAAAUUAUAUGAAAAGCCAUAAUAUAAUAGAACAGCUUUUGUAUAGUGCAUUACACCUUACAAAGGUGUCAAUGCGCUUUAGGAAAAAAAAAGAAAAGAUGAGGGAAAGCUGCUGGUAAUGUUUUGAUAAUAUUCUUUUCAGUUAAAUAAAUACGUUUUCAAUGCAGAUUUAAAUUGCCCAAUUGUAUCAACUUGCCUUAAAUUGUGUGGGAUACUAUUCCAGAGUUCCGGCGCUGCAUGCGCAAACCCCCGUUCGCCAUAAAACUGUGUCUUAACAACAGGUGCGUUAUAUAAAUCCAUAUAAAGUUAUCUAAGAUUUCGAACAGGUUCAUAUUUUACAAGUAACUCUGACAGAUAAGAUGGAGCCAUUUGUCGAAAACAUUGGAAAGAGAGUAGUAAGAUCUUGAACUUGAUUACGUGACCUGACAGGCAACCAAUGCAAGGAUCUUAAUACAGAUGAUACAUAUUCAUAUCUUUUUGUUCUAGUAACAAUCCUAGCAGCCGAGUUUUUAAUGACCUGAAGUUUCUGGAGUUGAGUGUCUGGUACUCCAUACAAUAGACUAUUGCAGUAGUCUAAGUGACACAUGACAAAAGCAUGCACCAGCCUUUCAGAGGUAUCUUUAUCAACAUACGGUCGAAUUUUCCCAAUCUUACGCAAUGCAUAUGACGCAGAUCGACAUUUAGAUUUUAUGUAAUUUUGCAUAGUGAAGUGAUCAUCAAAUAGGACACCAAGAUUUCUUGCUGUCUUAACAGGAACAACCUCUACACCCUCAAUUUCAAAAGGGCGCAAAGGUACAUUGGGUCAAAAUCGAGAUUUUAUAUGCAUAACCUCUGUUUUCCUACUAUUCAACUUUAGGCCACUCAAUCUUGACCACUCUUUAAUUUCCUUGAUACAACUCUGCACUCUAGCAAUCAGAUCUUCUAUAUCCGAUGAUUCCGAUGAUUUACAUGUCAUAUACAUCCGAGUAUCGUCUGCAUAAAAAACAUUCUAGAAAAUCCGUAAGAAUCAAUAAUAUCUUCUAAAGGUGAUGUAUACAUGGUAAAAACUAAGGGUUCGAUAACAGACCCUUGGGGCACACCUUGAAGAGAAGUUUCUGAGUCAUUGCCCGGCAAAGCCUUUGAAGAAUGUGUACAAGAGAAUUUAUCAAUUUUCUGGCACAAUUCACGAGAACUGCAAACAGACAGCUGGUCUCUGUGAUACAUUAACUUAGCAGUUUCCAGAGCCUUCUUAUAUUCAGCACAUUUAGUCUUGAAAAUCUGUCGAUGAAUUACUUGGCCAGAAUUCGAUGAUGAGAAAGUGUGACGUUCCAGCCUUCGAAGUUCCUGCUUCGCACGACGGAGCUCAUCAUUACACCAUGGGGAGUUUGGUCGACAUCUUACUGUGUGAGAUAGAAGAGGAGCAUGUUUGUCCAAGAGAGUACUGAGAACAGAUUCAUACUGAAGUAUCAGAUCAUCAACACUAUCAGCAGGGUCCAGAUACAAUUCAGACUGUCUUAGGUCCUCACGAAACGACUCAACAUCAGUUUGACGCAAUUUACGCAUCUUCACUUCCAUAUAUGACGGUUCAGGUUGGCUAAUCAUCAAGGUACACUUGCUUCUCAUUGGCAUGAAUUCGUGAUGUUAGGAGGAUUGUCGUAGGCAUGGCUAACAUUGGUUUGAAAAUCUUUAUUGCUAUUCAUUAUUCUUUCCAGAUUAGGCCUAUAUUCAAUAGGCCUAUCACCAUAUGAAAAUUUCAUGAAAACCAUUUCUUGCAUAAAAAAAACUUGCGUUGUUUCUUGUUUUCGAUUUGUAAAUUUAGCUCCGGUUGAUGGGUCUUUUAAUUUAGUAGAUGAAUUAAUAUGGUAUGAUGUGGUUAUGGGGACAGUUGCAAAAAGUUACUAUUAUGGUACUUUUGCAAUCCAAUGGUAACUACCAAGGUAACGGUUAUCAAUAACCAAUCAAAAUCAAUGAUUCCAUGCAAGUAACCAUUGCAUGGCAAGGUUACUAUUAUGGUAACUUUUAUGCAACAGGGCCUUGGUAUUCUGUGUUACUCUUUAGAAGGAAACACAGGGUAAAACAAGUUACGACGGGAAAUUUGCUAGAAAUAAGAAACGAAAAGAUAUUCUGAAUUUUAGUUUAAACCGAAGCUUAAUACACCACUGAUCUGAGGGUCCCUUUUGUCAUUUUUAAUAAAAAGACUGGCAAUAGUUAUGAUGCAAUAUAGUACUGUUGUGUAGCGCAUGAGUUUUCAUUACUCAUACUUUUCUCAAAAUGUCACUUGGAUCAGGGUUGAAAUCAAUUGGUCAUAAUAACACAAUUCACCCUUUCAAAAUAUUCAUGAGAUAAUUUGAGAUUAAAUAGAGAAAAUACAGGAAAGCUCACUUUGCAAAUAAGAUAAAAAUUUGAUGUACAAUAGGGAGUUAUGACAUUUAUUUAUUCAUUCAUUUUUUUACAAAUGUAUUCACACAACAGUGAUCUACAUAUCAUUGGCGGUAAUGUAGAUCACGCAGAUGAAGGAAACUUUCAAAGUGUCAUAUUUUUUUAGAACGAUUUUGAUAAAAAAUAUUAAUGAACAUUUUACAUUUUAUUAUGUUAUGCAGGACCUGCUUGGAGAAUAGUUUUCGGAAAUUAAUUUGUUACCUUGGGUAAAAAUAAAUGAAUUGAAUAAACGACAAAUAUGGCAUUGUUAUCAUCUAUUUAAAUCAUGUUGUUUUGUCGACGGACUUCACCAUACCGAGUGUUGAUUAGAAUGUAUAGAGGGGGAGUUGGGGAUGGGGGUGGGGAGAAUAAGAGAGGCGAGAGAGAGAGAGAGAGGGGGGGGGAGGGAUGAUUGCGUGUUACCAUAGUUAUUGCAAUGUCAUAAUGAUUGAUUUCCUCCAUUGAUAUUAUUUUGCUGUUGGAUUUCUCAAUAAAACGUCUAUUCUCAUGAUUAAACCCGGGAUAACCUAAGACAAAACAAAAAAGUCCCCCCCCCCAAAAAAAAAAAUACUCACCAAUUUUCAUGAUAUUAAAGGUCAAGUCCACCCCAGAAAAAAAAUUAUUUGAAUGAAUACAGAAAAAUCAAACUAGCAUGACGCUGAAAAUUUUAUCAAAAUCGAAUGUAAAAAUUAAAAAAAAGUUAUGUCAUUUUAAAUUUUCGCUUAUUUUUCACAAAAAAGAUAUUUGCACAACUCCGUGAAAUGCAAAUGAGACACUCGAUGAUGAUCCUCACUCACUAAUUAUUUUGCUUUUUAUUGUUUGAAUAUUUCAUUUUCAUAGAUUUGUCAAUACGGACCAACUUGACUGAACCAUUGCUAACUCUACAUGUUCAGGGAGGAAUUAAUCUUUGUUUCACUUGACAAUGAGUAGGAAAUUUUCAUAUUUCAUGAGUGGAUGACGUCAUGAGUCUCCUCAUUAAUUUUGCAAACCGACCAGGAUGUACAUAUACCUUUUUUGUGAAACUUUAAAAUGUCAUGAUUUUCUUAUUUGACAUCCAAUUUUCAUGAAAUUUCCAGUGUUAUGCUUGUUGGGUUUUUUUUUCUUUGUAUACAAAUCAACUUUUGUUGGGGUGGACGUGUCCUUUAAAG